AUGGCCUUUGUGGCAGUGAAGAACACAUUCUUACAUGGUGAAGUUGAUCAUGAAAUAUACAUGGAGCAACCACUAGGGUUCAGAAGUCUUGAAAAUCCUAACUAUGUGUACUCCAGCUUGUUUAUGAAAGAUCAGGAAGGAAGACUAGCUAUAGUGCUAGUAUACGUUGAUGAUUUAAUAGUCACUGGCGACAACAUCGAAGAGAUUCAACUCAUCCAAACUCAUCCAGAGGAAUUUGGCUACUCAUUUCAUGAUGAAACUAGGAAAGCUUCAGGGCAUUAUCUUGGAUUGGAGAUAGAAGAAGCCAAGGAAGGUUUGUACUCGCGACAACAGAAAGUAUGCAAGAGAUUCUGCUUGAAGAGGGUGGAAAUGAUGGAAUGGCAAGCCGAUGUCCUACUCAAUUGGAUGCUAAUUGUCAAGUUGUGCUGUUGA